AUGUCCGUGAGAAUGGAAAAUGUCGCGGCGCCGAGAAAACUUAACUAUAAGAUGAUGAUGUUUCAGGGUACAAAUGGACCUCGGCCAACAUACGCAGGCGCGAACAACGGUAGCGCAGGGAAUGCUGGAGCCGGUGUGGGCGUAGGACCAACUGCUGGAGGACACGGACUAAAAAGUGGUGCGGGAGGUGCUCCCCGCGGAGGUAAUCCUGUGCAAUACCGGGCAAGUGCCGGUGCUUGGGGUGCUACACCGUCCCACGCGGCUGCUGCCGCGGCGUAUCCACCGUACACGAGGUACCCGACCGCGGCCGCGCAAAUGCCGGUUGGAGCCCAACAACUACCGCCAACCGCGAAUCCCUACGCUGCGACUGCUUACGCGCAACAUGCUUCAUAUGGAGGACAAAGAGUGCCAACAGCAUCUUCGCCAGCUAAUACGAGUAGUAGCUCCAGCAGUGCAACUGGUAGUCAAAGUGGGACAAUCAGUACAAACUUGAGUAAUAACGCAAUGCAAGGCCAACAACCGGAGCAGCUGUCUAAAACAAAUUUGUACAUCCGUGGCCUCAACCAAAACACAACUGACAAAGAUCUUGUUAAUAUGUGUUCUCAAUACGGAACUAUAACUUCUACAAAAGCGAUCCUGGAUAAAAACACAAAUAAAUGUAAAGGUUAUGGCUUUGUAGACUUUGAAUCACCGGUGGCGGCUGAGGGUGCUGUGAAAGCACUGGUCGCCAAGGGCAUCCAAGCACAGAUGGCGAAAGUGGGUAUCUGGUUGCAUCGUAGACUGGCCAGUGUACGUUGGUUGUGCAUGCAAAUGUUUUUUUUUAUUCCUCAGCAACAGGAGCAGGAUCCUACUAAUCUUUAUAUUGCAAAUUUACCACUAAACUUCAAGGAGAAUGAUGUUGAAGGACUGCUUGCACAACACGGACAAGUUAUAUCUACACGGAUAUUACGCGAUACCCUUGGACAGAGUAAAGGAGUCGGUUUUGCUCGGAUGGAAUCAAAAGAAAAAUGUGAACAAAUAAUCCAAAUGUUCAACGGUAAAGCUUUACAAGGAGCAAAGGAUCCUCUUUUGGUAAAAUUUGCUGAUGGUGGUAAUAAAAAGAAACCGUACAAAAGUUCAAUAUGGCGAGAAACAGGAGAUAAUAUAACACUAAAUUACGACACGAGUGGAGUAGGUCAGAACGGAGUACCAACGGCUCACAUGCUUCCAGCAGCUACUCUCGCUCAAUACAGUCGUCAUUACGGACAAGCAGUGCCUGGUUAUACUGUUCCAGGAACACCUUGGGUUACUCCAUACGUUUUACAAACCGGACCUCCACAUAUGCAACAGGUUGACAUGAUGCCUUCAGCGGAUCCUAGCAAUCCACAGUACAGCAUGAUUCCUCAACUAACCACUCAAAUGUCAACACUACAUCUUGGAACUGGCUCUGUAACAAGCCCGCACCCGUAUCCUUAUUCUUACCCUCCCAGCAUUAUUCACACCAUGCCUUUGGGUGAAUCCGAGCAAACGAGCAACGCGGCGUCACCAGAUGAAUCUUAUCAGCAGUACCAAGCUCAGCAGCCCAAGUAG